UUUCACCUGUUUGAAGAAGGCUGUGGUAGCUGUUUGACAAAUCCACAUUUUUAUCAGCAAUUUGUACUGCCCAUCAAAAGUCUCUACUUAGUUGAAAACAACGAAUGGUCACCGGAAUUAUUUUUCAGUCAUUACAUUGUUUUAGUCUGAAAGAGUAUGUUUCGGGUGUUGUCUUUAUUAUUUGAACUCAGUCAUGUCUGUUGUCCUGAAAUUGUUAGCUAUAAGAGCUGUACAGUGGUAACUACCAUAAAGAGCCGGCUUGUGCUGUGUAUGAAGUUUAAUUUAUUCAAAAGUCAUGUAACUACGACAUAUUUCUGACACUCUAUGGUUGCUAUAAUGUUGAUUUUCAUGAUUUCAGUCAUGCCCUCAUACUUCCCAGUUACUGUAGAAUACUUUUUAGAAUAUUUCUGAUACUGUAAUGUUGCUGAAAAACCUGAGUGUGAUCAGGUGAAAUGACUUUUGUCUGGACCUAACACUGGAGAGCCUGUGUUCGAAUGUCCCGUAAUGGCACCGUAAUGGUGUUAUGUUGCAGACACCAAGUGACGGGAUCUUGACUGAACCUUCUGGAGACCAAGAAGGGAGUGAGAGAUCCACUUCAUCCUUACAACAGACACCAAGUGACCUGACUGAACCCUCUGGAGACCAUGAAUGGAGUGAGAGAUCCACUUCAUCCUUACAACAGACAUCAAGUGACAGGUACCUGACUGAACCCUCUGGAAACCAAGAAUGGAGUGAGAGAUCCACUUCAUCCUUACAACAGACACCAAGUGACCUGACUGAACCCCCUGGAGACCAUGAAUGGAAUGAUAGAUACACUUCAUCCUUACAACAGACAUCAAGUGACAGGUACCUGACUGAACCCUCUGGAAACCAAGAAUGGAGUGAGAGAUCCACUUCAUCCUUACAACAGACACCAAGUGACCUGACUGAACCCUCUGGAGACCAUGAAUGGAGUGAGAGAUCCACUUCAUCCUUACAACAGACACCAAGUGACCUUACUGAACCCUCUGGAAACCAAGAAUGGAGUGAGAGAUCCACUUCAUCCUUACAACAGACAUCAAGUGACAGGUACCUGACUGAACCCUCUGGAAACCAAGAAUGGAGUGAGAGAUCCACUUCAUCCUUACAACAGACACCAAGUGACCUGACUGAACCCCCUGGAGACCAUGAAUGGAAUGAUAGAUACACUUCAUCCUUACAACAGACAUCAAGUGACAGGUACCUGACUGAACCCUCUGGAAACCAAGAAUGGAGUGAGAGAUCCACUUCAUCCUUACAACAGACACCAAGUGACCUGACUGAACCCUCUGGAGACCAUGAAUGGAAUGAUAGACACACUUCAUCCUUACAACAGACACCAAGUGUUCCGAUCCUGAUGAAACCUUUUGAAGAUCAAGAAAGGAGUGGAAGAUCCACUUCUUCCUUACAACAGACACCAAGUGACCUGACUGAACCCUCUGGAGACCAUGAAUGGAAUGAGAGAUAAAUUCUCAAAAUUCUCAAAUUUUCAAAAUUCUCAUUAUUUCCUGGAAUAUCUUAUUUUGAUUAUUUUAUUUUUCCAUUUUUAAUAAAUAAUGCCUUCUUUUACAGGUGGGAAUAAGAGACGCGCGUGGACAGAUUAUGAAGUGAAGGCUGUUGAGCGACAUAUGUUUGAUUUCAUAACAAGCCAUAAAGUUUCAGGUAAAACGAGCUGUGAGUCCUGUCUCCACGCAGAGCCAGCAGCUCUGAACGACAGAGGCUGGGUGUCCAUCAAAAACUACAUCCACAACAGGAUAUAACUGCAUUAAAAAGGGAAAUGAAUGGCUAGUCCAUUGAAAUGCGAGCACGUCUGGGUACAUUUCAGUUCAAGUUAACUAAAGCAAUAGCAAUGGUGCAUUUAGGGUGGGAUGGUCAAUUAUGGAUUUCAUAUUUGUUGUUGGAUACUGUGUUUCACGUUUGUUGUUUCAUGAUCUUCAAGAGCAAUUUGGAAAAUCCUUGAAGAUGUAUGAACAUGUAAAUUAUACUGUAUAUCAGGCAUGUCCCGAUCUGGGCCUGGAGGGCCACUGUCGUGCCUGUUUUCCAGCUCUCCCGGCUGCAUCACACCUGUUUCAGAUGAUCAGUUCAUCAGUCAGCUCUGAUGCAGCAUUAGAACAUCCUGGGAGAGCUGGAAAACAAAAAGACAGCGGCCCUUGAGGACCGACUUUGGACACUCCUGCUGUAUAUAAACGUACGUACGAUAUACAAACUUCUCACAAAAGAUAGGCUUAUUAGGUUUGAGGUGAUAUUUUGGAAAAACCCUAAAACAUUUGAAUUCAUCCUAUUUCAAGAAUUUCAAUACUUUUUGAAAAGUUGCUUUUGUCUAACGGUAGCUAAAGAAGUUGCUACACACAUGGCACAAUAUAUGGCCAGAUUCAUUAAAAAUUCUUCAUCGCAGUAUUCACAUUUUGACAUAAUCUUCUUCAGUUCAAACAACCCUCAUCUAUUGCAGUGCUUUGUGUCAUGGAGAGGAGGUGGCAUGUUUUCUGUGUUCAUAAUUUCAUAUUGUCAGCAAUUAAAAAAUAAGAAAGUGGACUGACCACAUAUUUAACCGUCUCUUCUUCUUCACAGCUUAUUUUACUAUCUUGUAUUAUUAAUGUGAAUAUUUGAGGGAUGACGGGUAUAACGACUGUUUGGCACAUUCGCCUCACAGUUCAGCAAUUGAUAUUUGAAUGUUUGAAUCUGGGCAUCCUUCCUUUGUAGAGUUCUCCCCAUGCCCGAGCAUGACAAUUGGACACAUGUGCCUAACAUAUACUGUUGGUAUGUAACAUGAGUCAAUUUAAAAAUACACACUUUACUCUUAGCUGGUCUUCAUAAGUCAUAUAUACUUGAAAAUGAUGUGUAUCCAGGGGGCUCAAAAUUCACAAAAACAUGAAAUGGUAGUGUGUUUGAGGUGACUGUCUCCAUAAUACACAAAAACCUGUCAAUGUCCUCAUAUGUAGUAGUUUUGUCAUAAAUCAAAAAAAAAUUACGUCCUAGCCAAAAUCUGAGUAGAUGGCUGUCUUCCUGAUUUUUUUUCAUGGUUACCAUAUUUUUUUGGAGCCUGUAGGACCACGGGAAAGGCAUGUACCCAUAUGUCGGGUGAACAAACGGACGUCCUGAAAAUGCACCAAAACACGUAUGUGUGUGUGUGUGUGUGUGUGUGUGUGUGUGUGUGUGUGUGUGUGUGUGUGUGUGUGUGUGUGUGUGUGUGUGUGUGUGUGUGUGUGUGUGUGUGUGUGUGUGUGUGUGUGUGUGUGUGUGUGUGUGUGUGUGUGUGUGUGUGUGUGUGUGUGUGUGUGUGUGUGUGUGUGUGUGUGUGUGUGUGUGUGUGUGUGUGUGUGUGUGUGUGUGUGUGUGAGAGAGAGAGAAAA